CCGAUUUGCCAAACGAACCCUUUGGAGGAUGGGUUGACGUUGCCAAAAGGAAGCCAUUUUUCUUCUAUGGGCAAUAUCUUCCUCCAAAUCAAUUUAUUAGUUAUGCUCAAGAAGUGCAAAAUCCUUCUAAUUUCUCCACCUCGCGUGCAUUUUACUCAAGGCUCAAGCAAUAUUUUACGCAAAUAGAGCAAAUCUGCGUGCAUCUGCACACAUUUCUCGAAGUCUUGGGUGGUUCCUUUACUGCGUUCCCCCCUGCUGAAUACUGGGGCUCGAUUCGACUACGUGUGCUUUGAAUUCAUGGAAGUGUCCGGUGAUUUGAAUUCUGGAGAUGAUAAGACCCAUUCUGAUAAAACCAAGAAACGAACAAUCAAGACACCUACUCAAGUUGAAGCUCUUGAAAAGUUUUAUGAUGAACACAAAUAUCCUACAGAGACGAUGAAAUCACAACUCGCAGAGUCAAUAGGAUUGACAGAAAAGCAAGUCUCUGGAUGGUUUUGUCAUCGCCGGCUGAAGGAUAAGAGACUGCUUAGUGGGGAGGUAUUUUUGAAUGGAAAACAAGAGCGUUCAAGUGGUGUUAUUCAGGACCGUGGCAGUGGACUUAGACAGGAUUCAUGUGGCAGCACCAAGCAAGGUGAUGACAGGACUUCUGAUCCACGAGAAGUUGAAAGUAGAAGGUUGAAUGGUGCAGAGUUUUCAACUCCAGACAUAACUCAUGAGUUUGGUGGUCACUCUACUAAAAAUUAUUAUGGCAUGGAUGAUACAUCUCUAGGAAGUAACUCUUCUUUGCGAAACACACAUUUCCCCAUCAAUGCUGAAUCUUUUGAUGAGGGCACUUCAAGAUACCCAACAAAUAAUUCUCCAGCAGAUCUGAAAACCGUAAGACCUAAAACUGGUCCAUCAGGAUAUUUAAAAGUCAAGGGGCAUGCUGAAAAUGCUGCCAUUAUUGAAGUUAAAAGGCAGCUAGGGAGGCAGUAUUGUGAGGAUGGGCCUCCACUUGGUGUUGAAUUCGAACCACUGCCACCGGGUGCUUUUGAAUCGUCAAUGCAGAAUGAUACUAAUAGUCCUUACCAUGCUGUAGAACAUGUUGCUGCUCGCUCAGAGGAUUUUCCAAAAGUUCAUGAGCAACCUAAUUCUAGCGCAGCAUAUGAAUACUAUUCAAAGAUAAGCUCUCAUAACCAUGACAUGUCUAGUGAAAGAUUUAAAAGGGCACUUGGAACUGAUCAACAAGAAAAAUAUCAUAACCAGAGGUUCAGGAAGAAGAAUUUUUUGCCAGUUCCUGAAUAUUCUGCUUCUGCAUGGGACGCACCAGUAGAAAAGGAUGGGAUUCCAGCAAGAGAAUUGUUAUUUAACAGUAGAGAAAACCAUAAGCUCGUGGCUAAACAUGGUGGGGAAAUGAGAAUGGACUUUGUAUCUAACCAAUGUCUUCGAAGCCCUAACAGUAGAAGAACUACUACUGACCAAACUGAGCCAUGGUUAAAAAGACACCUUGAAGGAAGUCUAAAGGUAUCUUCAGUGGAGCAUUCGGAAUUCAGGCCUUCAAGUGUAUCUAAUAGAGUCGGUUUCUAUAAUGAUGUUAGGGAGAAAGGAAUCUCUAAAAGCCUUAAGAAGGACGAUUUAUUCUGUGGAGACGGAAGAAUGCUUGAUGAAAGCUGUAAUCAGGGUCAACUGAAGAUACCCAGGAAAUAUGAAAUGAUGGAUGUUAAGAGGACCAACAACCCCAUGUCUAACAGCCGAGGGUUUGCAAGGAAUGCACCAUUGGCAGGAAUGGCAUUACAGACAAAUUAUCAAGGGAGAAGGGCUGCUGUUGAGAUGCCGUCUAGCUCUAGCGAAGAUGAUGCAAGUACUGACACCAGUUCUUCUGAGGAAUGAGAGACCGGCAGGCAAUUGAAGAAAUGUUUAUCACUUUUCUUUUUGAUAGAAGGCCCGUGACUUUGUACAGUUGGGCACAAAACAGUGUUGUUCAUAGCACCCAUAAGACUUUAGAAUUGUUUACUAGAAGAGCUGUUUGUGGUUUGCCAUUUUAUGGUGUAUUGUUCAUAUAACGGUAGAGCAUCUUUUCUAUGUACUCUGUAUCAUGUUAACUGUUAAGUAGAGUAUGAUCAUGAUGGUUAGCAUGGUUUUCUUAAAUGUACAAUUGUGAGUUUUUGUGUCAUGCUAUUUUUGUUUUUAUUUUACUUGGCUUUUCAAGCCUUCAAUUUCUUCUUCAUAA